AGGAAUUGAUACUGUGAAGCAAGGGAAUUCUGAGCUCUUCAGGUUUAUCGGAGAAAAGAUUAUAUGGGAGGCAAUGGGUAUCAAUAACACACGUUCAAUUCAUAAAAUUAUUGAAGACGCUCUCUGGAAUGCUAGAUUUAAGCAGUGGGAUUUUAAUCAGUUUAUUGCAAUGUCUAAAUGGAAGGCUAAAGGAGCAAGCGGAGAAAAAAAUAUAAAUAUCACUGACUCUGACGAACAUUUUAGCUAUAUCGUUGUGAAUGACGGCCCUCGUUAUAAAAAAGAUGGUUCAAAAUCGGCAAGAAAGGGUAAUUACAUGGAAUUUUCAGAAAUUGCAAAAGAUUUUAAUAUGAAGAUAGAUAUCAGACACUAUUUAGAACAAACAGUAGGAAUGUGUACACGUUUUAUCAAUGAAGAUAAUAUGUUCCUACCACCCUCAUCAGAUAAAAUAAUGCAGAUUAAAGAUUCAGAUAUAAGAGAAAAACAGAUCAAUAAAUAUUCUCAGAAAAAGGCAAAAACUGGCUUAUUAAAUAUAUCAAGAGUCUUCAAUAAACUUUCUAG